GGUAACCCCGGGCGCGGGCUGCCAUUGCCCGGCUCCCUGUCACUCAGCCCGCGCGGGGCCCGGGAUUGGCAGCCCGGCCCCGUUACGCACUCACCUCGCGUUCACAUACCCGGGGAGGGCAGCAGAAAGGUGAUCAAUCUUCAUCAGGCUACAUUUCCAAUCACCUAAACAACCGAGCAAGACAAGCCGCUCCGACAAGGGUGGCCGCCGGCGGGGCGGUGAGGGCGCGGAGCGGAUGGUGAGCGGCCCCGGCGGGCGGCGGCGGGCAGGCCGAGCCCCAAGACCCAGCAGAGCCUGAAGGACUGACAGCGCGGUGGUCGCCCCGCCUUGCGCCCGGCCCCCUGGAUCCGUCGGGGCGCCUUCACCCGGCUGUUAGCAUGAUGUCUUACCUCAAACAACCCCCCUAUGGCAUGAACGGGCUGGGCCUGGCCGGGCCCGCCAUGGACCUCCUGCACCCCUCCGUGGGCUACCCGGCCACCCCGCGGAAGCAGCGGCGGGAGCGCACCACGUUCACACGCUCGCAGCUGGACGUGCUGGAGGCGCUCUUCGCCAAGACCCGCUACCCGGACAUCUUCAUGCGCGAGGAGGUGGCGCUCAAGAUCAACCUGCCGGAGUCCCGAGUCCAGGUCUGGUUCAAGAACCGCCGCGCCAAGUGCCGGCAGCAGCAGCAGAGCGGGAGCGGCGCCAAGAGCCGGCCGGCCAAGAAGAAGCCGUCGCCGGCGCGGGAGAGCUCGGGCUCGGAGAGCAGCGGCCAGUUCACGCCGCCCGCCGUGUCCAGCUCCGCCUCGUCCUCCAGCUCGGCCUCCAGCGCGUCCACCCACCCGACGGCGGCGGCGGGGGCCCUGGGCGCGAACCCGGCGGCGGUGGCCGCGCCCGCGGCGUCCCUGAGCGCGCCGGCCGCCGCCUCGUCCAUCUGGAGCCCGGCCUCCAUCUCGCCGGGCUCCGCGCCCGCGUCCGUGGCGGUGCCCGAGCCCCUGGCCGCCCCGGGCAACGCGUCGUGCAUGCAGCGCUCGGUGGCGGCGGCGGCGGGCGCGGCCUCGGCGGCGGCCUCGUACCCCAUGUCGUACGGCCAGGGCGGCGGCUACGGCCAGGCCUACCCCGCGCCCUCCUCCUCCUACUUCGGCGGCGUGGACUGCAGCUCCUACCUGGCGCCCAUGCACUCGCACCACCACCACCCGCACCAGCUCAGCCCCAUGGCGCCCUCCUCCAUGGCCGGCCACCACCACCACCACCACCCGCACCCGCUGAGCCAGUCCUCGGGCCACCACCACCACCACCACCAUCACCACCACCACCAGGGCUACGGCGGCUCGGGCCUCGCCUUCAACUCGGCCGCCGACUGCUUGGAUUACAAGGAGCCCGGCGCCUCCGCCGCCGCCGCCUCCUCCGCCUGGAAACUCAACUUCAACUCGCCCGACUGUCUGGACUACAAGGACCAGGCCUCCUGGCGGUUCCAGGUUCUGUGAGCCCGGGAGCCGGAGAGGAAGAGGAAACGAAACUACCUGCACUCCCUGUGGUCCCCCCGACCCGCCGCUGC